UUUAUAUACAAUUUACAGGAUCAGUGUUAGAAAGAUGUCAUUUAUAAAACGACUUAUACGUAUUUUAAAUAUAACUGUACUUCAAAUAUUUUUAUUUCGAAUCGCUCCUGUGGAUUUAGAGGAUGUUUAUUAUAUAGCGCAAUUCAACGACAAAAUAACAGACUGCGAAGAUUUUGAUAAUAAUUUUUUUAAAUGUGAAAAUUUUGUACUAGGGUUUGUGAAGGACACAGAUGAAAGUGGUAUAGGACUGUCGGGGCAGAUAAACUUGUUGGAAACUGCAAUAGACGACUACAAGGUAAAUUUGAAUAUAUACAAGGAAACACCGGUUGGAAUGGAGUUUACGUAUAGCGUAGAAGGAAAUCUAUGUAAUAGUUUUAAACAAGAGGAUAGUCCAUGGUACCCCUUACUGAAGACUUUUAACAAAUCUUCGUGCCCGGUAGAGCCUGAAAUAUUUAAUGUAGAGCAAUUGGUUAUUUCAUUGGAUUUUGCUAAGGAUGUUCUGCGUCAUGAAUAUUGCGGUUCCUAUAUCGUUGAAAUGACGACAUCAACAAGUUCAGGGGAAGCCUUAUCGUGUCACAAUAUACCAGUGGAGAUAGUUGAGAAGAGUUGUGAUGAAUCUUAGCCGAUUUCACCGUCUGUGUUCGUUUUUGGUUUUAACAAUAUUAUUUCAAAAGUUUUUCAGCCAUUUUGUUAAAUGCUUUCAUUUACCCUGUUUGUAUUUUACGUAUGAUAUUAAAAGUUAUAUAAUCCAAA